AUGAUCUUGCCAACACCUACUCCUAUCGACCUUCUUAAUGGCAUAGAAGUCGAGGCUCACAUCGUAGCCCUACUUCCGAACGAUGGCACGUUAAAAUCGACUAAUCUGCUGUACUAUCUGGAGGCCCGAUUCAAGGAAGCUGGCCUUGAGCUGUCCGCAGACGUCACCAUGAACAAAACUGACUACAACACUUGGAAGGUCGUCAAUGAUGGCAGUUUACAAACAUCCGACGAAAAUGUCAAGGCGGAGGAGAAGAAGUUCGGGUUCCUAGACGAUGGUAGACUUUCCGUUGGAUCAGUGGAGGUAGUUUCGAAACCACUACCCGUACUGUCCGUUCAAGUUGCUCUCCAGGAACAGGACAGCUUUCUCGAGAUCAAGAAAUACAUCGGGACCCUGGUACCUAGAAACCCUGUACAAGCUGGAUACGGCUCCUGGGUCGAGGACGACUGUGGACUACACAUCCAUUUUGGACUCAAGGACGGUGUGAUCCCUCUAUCCGUCUUACAGCAUCUAGCUCUUAUCACGUUCACUUACGAGCCCAUAGUGAAUGAGCUACAUCACUGGAGUAGGACGCCUUAUCCCUGCACUAAGGCCAGUAUAUACGCCAGAAGCAACCGCAUCAGCUUCCAGAAUGAUGAGCACUCCUGCCAUGGUCAUGUUGACAUACAAGAGAUUAAGUGCAGGGUAUUUGCAACACGGACCCAUCGAGCUCUCGCGUCCUUGAUGGGUUCCAGGUUUCCCCUCGACGAUGAAUUUCGACCACUCGCAGGGUUGGACAUAUGGGGCGCCGGAGACAACGGACCCGAGACGGCGGAGAAUAACAACCAUUGGGGUGAUGAAUCUGUUCCUGGGCCCACUCCUUCACCACCCACGCCAUGGGUACCCGACGACCCACGCUAUGACCAUGACUGGCUUCGAAAGCACGAUUAUCAUGGAGAGUCUGGGGGCGCCACUCCAGCUCCCACAGACGUAUCCGAAGCCGGGUCUUCCUGGGCCACAUCGUCGCCUGUUGGCCGCGUCGACUCCAGCGCAUCUACCGCGAUGGCCACUAGCGACGCUGAAUUCGAGCGCUACAAUCAAGACUCUUGGGCCCCCGACGGCGAAAAGAACAAGAUCCUACGCUGGGAACUCAUCGACAGAACCAACGGCCCGCGCACGAUCGAGUUCCGCCAGCCAGCCGGCAGCGUGGAUCCCGAGGUCAUUGCCUACACGAUGCAGUUCUACACCGCCUUCAUCCGUGCCGCCGAGCGCAUGGCUCACAGCCAGCAGAGUGACGAACUCGAGACGAGGGCUACCCAUGAGGGACUGCUGAAGUUGCUGCAGCUCGAGGAAGGGGCGGAGCGGUUCUGGAUCUUGAGACGCCGGGAGAUGGAGAGAUUGAGGGAGAGCGAUGGGAGACGCGACGAGGAUCUCGAGGCUUGGGAGAAGUGUUCGGCUUGUGCUAAGCCGGAGGAGUCGCCUGGCGAGGCUAAUCACUGGUAA